CAGUCCUCCGUUCACUAGGGGCGGUCAUGAACAGAAACUGAGUGCAGGCUGGCGACAGAGCGGAAGGGUCUCUGGUGGCAGUAACGCAGCUCCAACACGUGUGUUUGUGCUGCUGCGCGGCGAAACACUGCAUUAAAAACCCAAUAAACAGUUUAUCUGCCGUUAUUUCACAGUGUUAAAUAUGACGAAGAUAAAGAAGGAGAAGAGCGCAACUGAGGAAGAGGCUGGAGCCACAGAGAGAUCCUACCAGGAUUUAAUAGCCAAUAUAAACCCCAUCGCGAACCCUUUAGCCUCGAGAAAACUCAGCAAAAAGCUUUAUAAAUGCGUCAAAAAAGCGGCCAAGCUGAAACAGAUUCGCCGGGGAGUUAAAGAAGUGCAGAAGUUCAUAAACAAAGGAGAGACUGGGAUUGUGGUGCUUGCUGGAGAUACACUUCCGAUUGAUGUUUACUGCCACUUGCCAGUCAUGUGUGAGGACAGAAACCUUCCUUAUGCUUAUAUUCCCUCAAAAGUGGAUUUGGGUUCCUCGGCUGGUUCAAAGCGUCCCACCUGUGUGAUCAUGAUCAAACCUCACGAUGAAUACAAGGAGUCUUAUGAUGAGUGUCUGGAGGAAGUCUCUGCCCUCCCCAAACCCCUCUGAGUGUGUGCUUGUCUGCAUUGGUGUCAUUUGAACAUUUAUUGCCUUAUGUUGAUGUUUGGCAGCACAGUUGUAAAUGUGCUGUGUGGCCUGGCAUCCUGAUGGGCCUCACAGCUUUAUGGACAUUUUGUAAUACCAGCAAUCCCAGGAAUUGCCAUUCAGCUGAAAGAAUGACCAUAUGAUUUUCAUGUUUCUUUUGAAACCUGUUGACUGUAUUUUGUGUACUGGUGUUAAAAACAGACAGCUACUUUAUGUAGUUUUUCCAGAAAUGUUGCAUUUUGCUUUCAUUCUUUAUUUUGACUCUAAAGGAUAUGUUUGUGUUGAGAUAUCUGAACUAUUUUGAAGUAAAAUCUAUGAAAUGA